CAUUUGAAUUUCAGUUUUCUCCUUAAGACAUGCACACCUGCAUUUAAUUUCACUCAUGUGAUGGCUUCCAUCUCUCUCUCCGUCUCUCCAAUACUAACUGCACUUUGCUUCUUAUUCUUCUUUGUCUUCUUUCUUCACCACCCAACCUCAGGCUCAUCAGGUAACGCCCCACACGUAACUCGCAAUCGGAAGUGGAUGCGUUUCGGGAGUGCGGAUAUUGGUUUUAAACCCUGCAAGGCGUCGGACAUUGUGGUUUCACAAGCAGCUGGAAGUCCGUUACCAGACGGAAUCCCUACGUUCUCCGUCCAGAUCAGCAGCACGUGCUCAUCGAAAUGCCCGAUCUGGGGCGUCCACGUGUCGUGCGGGCUGUUCGCGUCUGCCAAGCUGGUGAAUCCCAGGAUCUUCCGUCGGGUGGGCCCGGGCGACUGCAUCGUCAACGAUGGGAAACCUCUAGAGAGUGGGGUCAGCCUUUCUUUCAUUUACGCCAACUCCUUCAGCUAUCCGAUGUAUGUGUCACGUGCUAACAUUUGCUAGCACGUGAGCUUGAGGUUUUUGGGAAAAAGGGCAAUGCGGGAAUGUUAUUUUUGUGAUUUUGAGAAAAA